AGCUGGUACCGUUUGCAAGUUCAUUCAUGUAAUUAAGAAAUUGCUCGCAAAACUUCACAGAGCACACGCCGUCAGUACAGGCAUGACUGAAGUUAAACAUUAAGGUAUUUACAUAAUCUUUAGUGGUAUCUUGCAUGAAUUCCUCUUGUAAUAUUACGACUCGCCAUAACAGACCAUUUCCUCUCGGUUUUGCUGUAUAUUCAAACCAAACACUUUGUCAGUCAGAAGCCUUUACAUCAGAAGUGGUAAUGUCUAACAUUGUAAUGACUUCAUUGAUAUCCUUGAUUUCGAAAUAUCUAUCACCGUUCGCCAUAGUUGCUAUCACUGCUCGAAGCAUCGGCUGUCGUUUGGAUAAUAGCACCAGAGAGUCAUGAACGUGCUGGUAUACCAGGCUCUGUUUUGAUGUUAUUGAUAUCGACACACAUACAUUGGUUGUACCAGAUUUUUCCACGGAAAACAUAUCGAUUAAUUCUUCCAAAUGGCCAAGUCGACGUCGGUUGGAAUCGGCUGACUUUGCUGACAAUAGUCUCGCUUCGGCAGCCAGGUAUUUCAUGAUCUUUGAAAGCAUGUAAAAAACAAAUACACAGCUACAGUGAGAAAUGCUUGUACCCAGAAUCCACUUAACAUCUUGAAUGACACCGGUACAGACAGCCAAUAAACUAAACGUAACGUAUGCACCAAAAGUCAGUCUUAUUAAUUGUACAAGCCUGACUUUUGUCUAGUCUAUCUUUCAAGUAAUAAUAGUUGCACAUCUGGAAUUUUAAUUAUAUUGCAUGCAUAUUUUCUAGGAACAAAUCUCGAUUUGAUGCGUGGGCGGUGUGUAACGUGUGUUUACAGUUGCUCAAUAUUUUACAGCGUUGCCAGAUCAAAUUUGUAAAUGUUUAUGUAGACAAGUACGAAAUGUUCAUGAAUUUGACAAAAAGUUCAUGAAUUUCAAAUUUUAACACAACAUCACAAUAAUGCUGUAAAUUAGCCCAUUUAAGUUACUAAUGACUAUCUACUUCUGAUAGUUAAACAUUUAUUCAUGCCAAAAAAUAUUACUAUCAAAGCGGACAUUUGCCUCUUUGACGCCCGCGUGUGCGUAAUUGCAAGUAAUUACGAUGAUGGCGGCUAGUGAGAAGUUUAUAGGACUACAGAAGAAGGUUUAAAGCCGAUAUAGAGUUAUAUAAAACGCUCGUAAAAGUUUGGCAACCUCGAAAUUGUGUGAAAUACUCGGCCUUCAGGCAUACAUAGAUUAUCUUUAUGUUGUUGUUCAUGAAAGUGUAACCCGCACACCAAAAGCGCAAUGCGUCAUUCAUGUUCACGCGUAUCACACUACAAACAUAUUAGACUGCAUAACAUACAUUACUUAUCUGCCUGUUGACUUAUAUACUGCUCUAUUAAAUGUAUUAAUUGACGAGAUAUUGUGAAUCAUUAUAAACGUCGCUUACAGCUGCGUCGCGCGACGAUUUUUCGGGAAUAUACAUGCUAUAUAAUGUCAUAUAAAGAUAUAAUACAUACUUAUUACUUAUUCAUAGUAAUGUUAAAAUUAAUUAGGAAGGUCUUCUUUAUUCGAAUUGCUUCCCCACGAGCCUUCUUCGCCAAAUUCAUCGUCGCUUACUGCAUCGGUAAACGCCAGAAGAGUAAUCCGAGCCAUAAACAACUAUAUAUUAGCCCUGUCGACCAAAACAUUGCUAACACAAAUCCAACAUCGUUCCCAGGCUCUUUGCACUUGGGAAGCAAAGACCCUGGUCGGGGCUUAUGACGUCACACAUACAAAAUUGAUAGCCGAAGGGGGGGAUGGAAAAGUCUCAUAUUACAUGUUUCCACUUCCGCACUUCGAUUGCAAGGAGUGGCCGUUCUGUACAAUCAUCUAAUUCAUCUUCAAGUAUCAUACAUACCUCAAACUACUUGCUGAAUUGGUUUCUGUUUGCUUUGAAAUUAUACAAACAUGCUAAAAUGUAGAUUCUUAUAGCAACAGAAAAUUCAGGAAAUCAAGCAACGAGAACGUAUGGCUGUACGCUUUGAAAUAUUUUUAUUUUCUCGGACUUCGCCGGUUCGGGCGUAGUUUCAUUUCACGCGUACGUUUCUGUUCUGGCUCUGAUAUUUAUAAUAUGCUUAUAAUAUGCCAAUCAAUUGUUCUGAUAUGGACACGGUAUAAAAUUUUUUAAACAGAUGUCUCAAAAGCGACUGUUUAUAGGUCGUAGGAUUAGCGCCUUGCCGGUCUUAAACGUGACACAUUUGGACAGAAGCCAAAUACACAUUGAAUGUCCAUUUUAUUGAUUCUAAAACUGUUUAUAGACAUAUUGCUCUAGCUUUUUUAAAAAGGUUAUCAUCGUUUAUGUUAAACACCAGGAAGACAAAAUAUAACGUACAAAAUUGUUUGAAAUCGACAGUGGGUGUCAGUGCACAGCUGACAUACGACAAUUCACAACUGCAUGAAUUUCCAUUUUUUGUCGAUCUGCACGAGUACCUGUUUGUUGAAGCCAAAAUAUUGCACAGCAUAUCCUAUAAAUUCUAUCGCCAUUUACCCUCCCCCCUUAAAUGCAAAGGAAUGACAGCAGAAAAGGUUUAGCAAAGUAUUUUUUAUUACAUCUGGUAUAAAGUGUCCUACGUUUUAUCAGGAUAUACAUAAUUCAUAAACUGUAUAUGCACACGAAGUCUCGCUUAUUAAUGAGUUUUACUGUAACAAACCUUUUAAAGUUUCCAUGGAUAGAUAGGUUGUUUGCCUCCAGUAUUGUUUGGUAAAACAGACUAAACUUCUAAAAUAUUGGUUACGGAAUACGCCGAUAAAGAUUAAAGUUGAUUUAAAUAUUGAUAACUCACAGCGGCAUUAAUCCAUUAUACAAGUCUCAAGAAGCUGGAUAUUUCUUCAAUAAAGCCCUCAAUGGACAAUGCCAAUGUCAAUGAAAGGUCUAAUAUUAUACAUGUUGCAAAUUACUGUAUACACAAAAUAUGAAAUAAUUUAUAUAAAGUACAAUACCAAUGUCUGGUGCACAUAUAGUCGUAGGUAUUCAAGUUGUACCGCACGCACGGAAACGCAUGGAGGAGUCUUGGCGUUUGUGUGAUAUUAACAGAUAGCUAACUACACUUCGACAUUAUCUUUCUUGAUCGUUGAGUUUCAGCAAUGUAAAUGAAAUGAAUUUUAUAGCCAGUCCAUAACGGGUUUUCAUCCUGUGCUUUUACAGUCAAAAUAGCACUAUUGUUUACACAUGUUGGCGAUGUUUGGGAAAUCAAAGGAUCCCGUUAUAAAAUAAAUCUUUUGUUUUGAAUAUCGGACAGGAUACACUUCAACUAUAAAGAACCAUAUCGUUCGUUUAAUACCGUUUGAUCAAUCAGUCUGUGUAGAAGAUAUGUAUGUUUCUACGGCGAUACGUGCUAAACUUCGCGAGCCAGGCGCGUGUGGAGUGUUUUCCUUGCAAGUGAAAUAUGAUCCAGCUUCUCGCUUGAAAUGUAACACAACACUUAUUGUUGAUGACAUUCAGCACAGCAGGAAGUCUUUGUCAUGAUCGGUACGAAUCUAGAACGUUCCUUUCAAGAUCUCUUGUUGCAAAUGACAUUUUUAUCACCCGAAAUUAUAACACAUAAAGUUGCAAUUUUCCAAACGCAACAAACACGCUCCCCUACCUCCCGACCCAUAGUCAAAUUAUACGUUUACUCCCAGAUUCUGGGUGUGACGUCAUAAGCCCCGACCAGGGUCUUUGCUUCCCAAGAGCAAAGAGCCUGGGAACGAGGUUGACACAAAUCGUCGAAAUGACACAGGAAAUAUUGAUAGGCACUUAUAGUACGUAUUCCAUAUAUGGUCAUCUCUUGCAUAAUACUGAUGAGCAAAUACACGACACUCACGAGCAUAUACAUGACGCUGAAGAGCAAAUACACGACAUUCCCAGUACUUUGGUACUGCGCGAUUCGAAGUAAUAAGUAGGAUUUGCAAAAUGGCGGAAAAACAGAGCAGGUAUGCAAAUCCUUUAGCGCAUCCAUCGAUAUACUCUGAUGCUGGAACGUGCGACUUCAGUGUUUUACGUUGUAGUCGAGGUGACUGUGGGGCUGAUAACUGUAAUGGAAGAUUGUAUCAUUGUUCAUUAUGUCCUCCCAACAAAUGUGCGAAAGAGCAUCCUUCGCGAGUAAAGGACCAUUUCAAAAAAGUUCACUGGGAAAACAGGAUUCAUGAAUUUCCAGGUAAAUUAUACUUGCAAAUUUUUGCGUCAUUAAAAAUUUAUCAUUCACAAUUAAUAAUGUGCAAAUAUCUAGAAAAGCCGUAAAAUGCCUUCCUAUUAAUAGUGUGAAAUAUGAGUGGGAAAUGUUGAUAAUAUAAAUAAAUAAAAUGAUAAAUGGGACGUCAAGUAUAUUUUUUAUUAUUAAUAAUGUGAAUUAAUAUGGUAUGAAAUAAUUAGCAGUUUACCACAAUAUACAAUAAUACAUAUAAUUAUGGAAUGCCAUGGGCCAAAGGCUACAAACAAAUCUCUUCAAUUACAAUCGAUCUUCCUCUGUUUUGUGCUUUCAUCAGCUAAGAAUCCUGCUUGUAUUUGAUUUUUUAAUUUAAAAAGGUUGAAUUAUGGCGAGAGGCGACCGCGUCCACACCAAACCAAUUCUCGCUGCCGGCGUAGAGCGCGACCAACACAAGAUUAAGUUCAAACGUUAUAAACCAGGUCUGUAUCACCUACAUAGUGUUUCAUAUAAGUACUGAGGCAUUAAGCUUUUAUACCUUUGUGAAUAUUUAUCAAUAUCUUAUUUUACAUAAAAGGCCGCAGAAAAUUAUACUCACAAUAGCACAGGAGCUAUAAAGUCUAUAAACAUCCGUGGUGGCAACCAUAAUAUAAACAGAAAACAACCAGAGCAAACAACACUGCCCUCGAUAUUUAGUGGGGCAAGUCGUUCGCAAAGUUUGCCGGCUAUUAUUAUUAUUAUUAUUAGUUUUAUUAUAUGAUUGCCACCACCGUUAUUUAUAGGAAUACGGCUCAGGGUACUAAUCCAUACUAUUCUGAGUAUAAUUCUCUGCGGCCUUUAUGUAAAAUAAGAUAUCGAUAAAUAUUCAAAGGUAAAGCUUAAUGCCUCAGUACUUAUUUGAAACACUAAGUAUGUAUAGGACAUACAACCUGGUUUAUAACGUUUCGCUAGUCGAGCUCUAUUCCGGCUGCGAGAAUUGCUCCUGGCCUCUGGGUGCAUUCUCUUUUAAUGUCCAGCCCCCCCCCCCCCUCCAAUAGAUGAAUUUUUUCGCAGGGUGUCCCCAAAGUCGUUUCUGAGGGGUUAAGCCUGUUGGCAUCUUUUGAUGUAUGCGAUUUUUCUGAGGCGUAAGGGGAAAAUUUACAAAUUUCUGAAGGGGGUUUGUGUCGGCAUUUCGAUCUUUUUUUUUAGAGGUUAAAAUCUUACUGACCUUAUCCAUAGAGCAGGGAUGGAUAUUAAAUGCAAUGACCCUCUGUUAAUACGGACCAAACUGCUCCUUGCACAGCUCUAGUUAUUGCUUCUUCCCAGCAACGUUCACCACUCGCCAUAAUUCACCCUUUUUAUAAAUUAAAAAAAAUCGAAUGCAAGCAGAAUUCUUGGCUGCUGAAAGCGCAAAACGGAGGAAGAUCGAUUGUAAUCGAAGAGAUUUGUUUGCAACCUUCGGUCCAUGAGUGCCGGCCCAAAUCUACUAGUGGAUAUGGACAGGGGGUCCGAAUCUACGGGGGUUCAAUCAACUGGGAUACCGGAGGUUUCAAGUUACCGGACGUUUGAGUUAUUAUAAGGUUAAUUGAUUUUUGGACAGUUUUAAUUUUUGGACAGAUGGCGCACUACGCUAUUGCAUUAUAUCAAAUAAUGACUUUUCGGCGCUGUUUCCUUAUAUGAUAUAAUGAAAAAGUUCUUUUACAUGAUAUCAUAUCAUGAAUCAACUGAAAAGUCAUUAUUUGAUAUCAUAGUGUAAUGCAUUAGCAUUAUAUCAAAUCAGGACUUACACAAAUGCUUAUGAUAUCAUAUAAUGAUUUUGUCGAAAUGUCAUGAUAUGAUAUAAUGAUUUUGUCGAAAUGUCAUGAUAUCAUAUCAUGACUUUUCGGAAGUUCAUGAUAUGAUAUAAUGCUUAAUGUUGAUAACAUUAUAUCAAAUAAUGACAAAAACGAAUAAGUCAUGAUUUGAUAUAAUGUCUGUUCGUUUAUCAAUUAUUUAUAUAUAAUGACAGUUUUAGUCAUGAUAUGAUAUAAUUAACGUUAAAUAAUUUUUGGACACAUGGCGUUCCAUAUAAAACAGUAUCUCAGUUAUGUGACAUGUAAUUUGUUGUUCUGUUAAAUCAUGUAGAGUUAGAUGUACAGGUGCGAAACUAGCCCCUUUUUAAUUCGGUGGGUGUCUGCUAGAAUUGCCCUGCCAAAACCGAUGAUGUCCUGCAGUAAAUUUUUAUUUCUGGCCACUAUUUUUCGCAAAAAUGUUGGCGAGCAGGGAUGUGGGGGGUUAAAAAGUUUUUCCGGACAUUGAAAAAAGGGUCGAAAAAUUUUUCCCGACACAAACCGGUUAAAUUAAGCGGUCAAAAAAUUUUUCCGUACAAAUUCCUGUUAAAACAUGGGUGAAACCUUUAUUUUUGGACCAAUAUCAGUACAAUUUAGGUCUAUAAAUUCUAUUCAAUUCCCUCCGAAAGCCCUGUAAGUACGUUACUUAAUAACUCUACAUUCUAUUAUUUAAAAUCUUUGAUUGCCCUGCCAAUCCAGAUGAUUCGCCCUGCCAAUCCAGUUGAUCCGUAUUUUGGGGGGUGUCACACCCCCUUAUACCCCCCCCCCCCCUCACGUUUCGCCCCUGUAGAUGUAUUCAUGUUAGUUUAUAUAUUGUAGUUAAUUUCACGUGCACGACCACAUCAGCUAUGUUGUAAAUUUACUAUCGUGUUUAAAUAAAUGCUUUUAAUAUUAUUAUUAGACACGGCAAACUGGUCUGCUUUGCUCGGCAAAUUGUUUUCUCAUAUAUCGGCAAAUUGUGUUCGUGGUCAGCAAAAAUAUUUGAGUGGCUUGGAAUAAAAAGUAAUAGUUGUAGCUAAAAUUUUGCUAAAUUUACAAAAAUUACGGAAAAAAAGUUAACAAAUUAGGAUAUGUUCGGAAAAAUUUUGGAAUGUCCGGAAAAUACUAGUUACGUUAUGUGCGGAAAAAUUUUUGUAUGUCCAAAAAAAUUACCAUAUGCCCCCCCCCCCCCAACAAUUUUGUCCCCCGCUCGCCAACAAUUUGGGGAAAAGGUUGUAGUGACUCGGCAAAAUUUGGAUUGAUAACUCGGCAAAAUUCACUUACUCCCUCCCCCCAUUCAAAGAGGUGUAGCUACGCCCCUGUUUCCUUGCUUUUAUUCAAAAUGAAAGUGUUAAUAAUAAUUUAUUUUCCUUUUCACCGUUCCAAUAAGGUACAAUGACCGCACAAAGAAACCGGAAGCUGUAUUUGGUAUUAACAUAUAAACCGGAUGUAAUAAAAAACUGCACUAUUAUUGAUAUUAUUAUAAAUGCAGGUGAUGACUGAUGAGUGUUGCUUUGGAUAGUUAUUUCGGGUUCCGAGUUGCAAAGUAAGCAAGCAAACACACUGAUUUUAUUUUGCUAAAAUAUAUAUACAUAACAUGGCCCAUACAGUUCCAGAGAUGAGCGAAUAUGAUGACGGUUUAACGGCGAAGCAACUGUUUGAAUCAGGACAAGGCAUUACAUACAAGUAAGUGUGAAAUACACGAGGCAAAAUAUGAAUAUUUGACCGGCAAAAUGCAAUUUUAUCAGCACAUUUUAAACUUAAAGCCAUCUAUUCUAAUAUAUAUCGUGCAUUUGACAAAGAAAGCUUAGUACUAAAAUGAAUCGUAUGGAUCGGGACAUGGAUAGAACGUUAUCAAAAAUUGCUUGCAGCUGGCGUCAGUGCCUGUUGUGCCUGGCGCAUAUGGGGCAAAUGAUAUCCAUGUUCUUAUUGGUUCAUUCACGCAUUCAAAUUGUUGUCUGAACUUUUUAGAGAAAUUAAAAUUCUACUUUGGCAAUUUCUAAAUUCUCUGAAGCGACGUUCCAGUAUUGUCGCUUUGCCCUUUUUUGAACUUUCCAGCUUCACAGUUUUCAGUCCGCUAAAUUAGUCCGACUAUAAAAUUACACACUUGUGACUUUUAUAGGUCAAGUAAAUGUGAAAGGCAGAAUGACCUGCAGAAUGGAUGUCGAUGGCUGCGAAUGCAAAUUCCGCGACAUUUUUUUGUGACUAUUCAAAUUCUGCAUAAUUUCUGUGCUGUUACCACAGAAUACUAUACAGAAGUCCAUCUCCAUUGUUUUUUGCGUAAGCGCUAUUCGUCAUGAUUCAUCACUCAGCAAGUACUGUAAACAGAAGCAGUCACCCCCCUGGAUGUGCACCAUUUUGAGUAUUUCCAGGGAGGUGACUGCUUCUGUUUACGGUACUUGCUGAGUGAUGAAUCAUGACUAAUAGCGCUUACGCAAAAAACCAUGGAGAUAUUGGAUAGUAUUCUGUGCUGUUACCGUUUAUACAAAUUUAAAAUUUAUUUUAAAUGUAAUUUUACAACAGUGCCAAAAGGAGUGCACAUAAACAUAUUUAAACCUGUUUGUAUUAUGAAAAGGGUAGAUGCAAAAUAUUUUACAUCGCCGAAUAUGGCUUGGAUACAAGAGUCACAACAGUUAAAUGACGGAAUGAAAAUGGAAUGCAAACUAUACUUGGUACACCUCAAAUGCAAACUAUACUAGGUGCACCUUGAAUGCAAACUACAAAUUAUGGCCAUUGUGGUGUGUUUGCUAAGAUCAAAAUGAUCAUACCAUAUUAUAUGGUUCAUAAUUAGUGUAGAAAAUUAAAUGAGAGAUGUUCAUUCUUCUUGAAUUCACAGAAAACAGAACCUGGUCAUAUUCCAUUCAAGCCUGGUUUCCUGUUUUCAUUUGGUCCUAACUUGUGUGCAUGCCUUUUGACUUUCAAUUGUUAAAAUAAAUGUAUUUUGCUAUUUGAUCAACAAGAACACAGAGAAAUGUCACAGAAUUUAAAUCGGAACGAAAACAUAUUGCAGAAUUUACAUUUGCAGCCAUUCCGUAUGCCAUUUUGCACAGCCAUUCUGCCUUUUACAUUCGCCUGUGUAGGUAACUUGUCCUGUGUGGGCAAAGUGACCAUAAUGGAAACAGCCUUCCAGUGGUGUGGACUGCCCCAAAUGUGGCAUAUUCUGUACCAAGAUAAAAUUCAGUGGCGGAAACUUUGCAAAAUAUUGGGGGGGGGGGGUGUUGAGUGCCGAAGGCACAAGAUUUCUGGGGGGGGGGUUAAGGUUAGGUAGACUGAGGCGGUUUUUCGGUAUACUGGAAAAUACCAGUUUUUUGAGAAACCGGUUUUUCGGUUUUGCCAAAGUCCAAGUACUGAAAAAAAAGGGAAAAAGACAAAGAACUGGGAAAAAACAAGAUAAAAAUGCUAAUGUUUCAGCUAAUCCUACUGCAGCUGAAAACUUGUAAAUACAUUCUUUUAACAUUGUCCUCUUACUUGUAUUUUUAUACCUCUGUAAGGUUUUAAUUUAUAUUAAGCUUCUAAAACCAAAAUUCUUCACAUAAUAAAAACACGUACUACAUGGUUUUAUGUGUAUGUUUAUUAUUUAUAGAUUAAAAACCGGUUUUUCGUUUUUUUCCCUGAUGGUUUUCGGUUUCCAUUUUUUUCAAGAGCCGCCCCAGCCUAGGGUAAGGGGGAAAGUUCCCCCAGAAAAUUUUUAAAAUUUUGAUUCCUGAAAUGGCAUUUCAUUUUGCAACAUUCUGAGAGCACAUUUUGUAUGUAAUUUCAGAUUUUCAAAACAUUAAUUUAAUGGUGCAUUUUGUUAUAAAUCAUAUGCUAAGUAUAAAAAACCGACAUUUCAGAGAAAAUAUUCUAGAUGAUUAAAUACAUUUGUGAAUGGAAUUGCAAGGUGGUUUAACUCUUUCUCGAAAAGUCCCACACAUUGUCAGCUUCUAGAAGCUGAGGACUUUGUAUGUUCAUAUCUUCGGUCCACUCACUUGCAUGCUAUGAACUAGACAAUAAUACUGGCCACCAUUCGAUUCAGUGAAACAAUAUCAACUAAUACCUAUAAGAUAUCUGAAUUCGCAAUUCCCCUUUACAUUGUGGUUAUAGUGGUAUCACUGAUAAAGAUAGCAAUAUUUUUCAGUUUUCAUAUUUAAUUUUAAAAAAAUUGAUUAUUGAUAAUAUAUUUGCAUUUCAUAAAGCUAUAUUAUACCGGUUCAAUCAUUUUAAUUAAUAAUAAUAGUUGCUCGCUUAGAAACUUUGUAAUGCGCGCACAACUACUGUACAAGUCAAAAUGUCAGAUAAAUUAUGGUUAAUUAUUACUUGUGAUACUAAUCUUGAGAUGCGCCAUAAAGUUUUUGGUUUACAAACAUGUGCUUUUUGGUAUCCUAUACAUGUGAUUUUUGACGUCAUCCGGCUAUGGGAGCUCCUUAUUGGCCAAGUAUAGCGUGUGGCACGCGCAUUACAUUUUUCAAAAUGAAAGCUCGCUAAAUUUUUUUUUUGGGGGGGGGGUGAUCGCCGCUGAUAAAAUUGCAAUUAUAAAGAAACUUAUGACAUGUGGCUGAGCCCGGGAAAUUUGAUUGCCCAUCAAAGCAUUCAAGCAAUCAAUUAUCAGGCCCAGCCAGUCUUGUUAUCAGAAUACAACUAUAAUCGAUAAUGGUUGCUCAAUAUACCAGUAUACAUAAAAUUCCAGUGUAUGCCUGCCUGAGUUUUAAUCUUGGGUAAAUCUAUAGGGUACCAGCCACUUAAUACCUAGUAUAUUUCAACCUAUAUUUAACAAUAAAAUACUGUAUACCAAAAGUAACAUGGUCUAAAAUUGCACUGGUCCUGGAGUGCUACCUGCAACUGGAAAUUUGAAGCAAAGCUUGAGAAUCAGUCACAGUCUGUUCAUGCAAGUAAAGAGUGUGGAUGAAUGAAAUUCAAUACUGCCUUAAAAUUUACAAAAAAGAAGCCUUUUAACUGGGAUCGAAGCUUUUUAUUAAUGCCUUUAUUCAGCUAAAACGUCCUAGUGGACCUUACUUUUAUUUUUUGUCUAGUGUUAUCGUAUUAUAUUUAUUUUUUGUCUAGUAUUUAUUAAUUGUUUUCAAUGCUCUUUCAAUAAGAGCAUUUUUCAGCAAUAAAAGUGUGCCAAGGAGUGAGGGUUCUUUCAGUCACUUUCGGCUUGGAUGUUUUGUAAUAAUUUUUUUUUUUAUUUUCCACACUGGAAAUUACUCUGUUUAUCAACUACUGAAACUGUUUUUUCAAGGACACAUAGUGACAUAGUCACAAAUAUAAAGAUAGUAUAUUUGAGUAUAUUUAGUAUAGUUGAGAUAAUAUAAAUAAUUAAAUAUAUGAAACUUACUUGCAUAUGAUAUUGAUAUUUUUAUGGUUUAUAUGAAAUAAAAUUGUUUAUACACUACCAACAUGUACUAGAUGGGACCUUGCUUGAUUAUGGGACCUUGAUGAUGGCCUCCAGUGAUUUGUUAUUUAAUCCAUUGAAGACAAGCGCUUUCCCCUUGAUGAGUAAAAUCAUCUGGCAUCAUACAGUAGUAAGUUGGGCACAUUAGGUCAGUCCAGAUCUGUUUCGUUGAUGUGGAAGGUGGGAGAUUAGUAAGUGGGGAGGUCUUUAUAAGUUUCUUCCCUUAAAAAGGGACACAUGCAUUGUUAGAGAGAGGGGGUUAUUUUUUGUGGUGGUGGUGGGCUUAAUAGAACAUGUACUGCUAGAAAGUAGAAACUUUGCAUUAUCCUUGGAAUCUCUGAGUUUAUAUAGUUACUAAUUUGUCAAGAGAAACCAAAGUCCCCCAGCUGAAACACAUGUGAGAAACGAAGUGAGCGUAUACUGCACGAGGAUUCCACGCUCAAACACGAGACUUACCAACUUCCUCCUUUUCGUGAAAAAAGUCUGUAUGGUUCUUUUCCUAAAUUUAUCAAAAGUUAAACAUCUUGAGCCGGUUGUAGUGUAUAAACAGGUAGGUGAAGCAGGGCGUUUUUAAGAAUUCGUCACUUGGGGGGAAGGGUGGGGCGGUCAAUCUACUUAUUUAUUUUUAUUUAUUUAUUUUAUUCGUCUUGUACAUAUUACAGUGGCAGGGAAUCCGCAACAGCGUUUGCCAAUUACUGCGGGCCCGAACAAAUAAAUUACAAAAAUACAUAUAUUAAACAACAAAGAGCAGUACUAACAGUUCCUACAUACAGCACAAUAAUGACGCUGUGAGGCUACGAACAGAAUUACACUUAGGACAUAUAGUUUUAUAACGUAACACGAGUACAAAGAGGAAAUAUAGUACUUAAACAUUGCCGACUUAAAUGACGAAAGACUAUCCGUAUUCAAAUUAAGUUCAUCAUAUUCGAGUUGCCCGAAUCAUGAAAAAUCUUUGAUAUGUUACCGUUUUGCAUUUUGGCACGACGUAACUUAGUACUGUUAUUGGCGGAGGAUCUAGUCGAUCUGGAAGUGCGGAUGUAGUGAAAGGGACCGUACUAUACUGAUUAUGGAGAGAUGACAGAUGGUUGUUGUCGUGUGUAAUAGUAGGGGGUCUGGGGGCAUUCUCCCACAGAAACCUUUUUUGUAUUUUUCCACCCCUAGGGCUGCAUUUUGUGUGUUUUCUGAACCUAGCCUUCCAACAGCUCAAAUGUAUAGGGUCUCGGAUAUGCUAUCCACUUAAAAUCUAAGGUAUUUGCAACACAAUGUUUAGCAUAUUUAAUUAAAAAGAUAUUGAAUCAUUUGAUGAUAAAAGACAUGACAUAAGAUUCACAAAUUUCAGUUACUAGAUCAGUAGAAUAUCAAAUCUCGCCUCGAAAUUUUAUUUUUCUUCCGAUGUUUUGCUUAAAUUUUAGAGAAAAGGGACUUUGACCUGGGGUGGGGGCCAAAUAUUGACCCUUGGGGGACUGGGGCACAAAGGGGGACUUGGGGCGCAAAGGGGGACUUGGGGGGAGGGGGCAAAUGCCCCCAGCUUAUAUGUUAAAAAGGUCCUGAGUUGAAGUGAACUACAGUUAGUUCGAAUGUUCAGCAAUUAAAGUCGCGUAUUUUAGAGUUCACUAGUAUUUACCUACACUGUACAAGCUAGUGCCUGGAUUAAACGAGGAUGAGAAUGCAUGAGAGUUGGCAGUCACUCAACCUUCCUUAGCUGUUCUUAAUGCUUUGCCAACACCAUUAUAAUUAUAUAUUCGAUUUAAGUUAAAACAUAUAGUUGGACCAAUUACAAAACCUUUUUUUUGUUAAUCGAGAGCUUGGAACGCCCCCCUGUAACAGUGUGUGACUGUCAAUUAAAUUCUGUGAAUAUAAUUUUUUAUUUUCUCAUUUGAAAGAACCUUUGAAACUAUAUAUUAACUUCUUUUACCGAUUUUUAAUAUCUUGCUUAGUUCUUGAAAUAUUUUCACUUGAAAUAAUGAGAUGUCCGCCAUCUUGGAUAAUUUUUUGAUCCGGCAUUAACGGUAGUUUUGGUGACGUCACAACAGGGAUUAACCAUAUAAAAGUAUUCGUUGCUGACCAAAUAUUGAUUGGUAGAUGUUUUAAAGCUUCUGAGUGAUCUUGAGUUUUCGAAGUGCAGACAGUGUCAGUGUAUAGUUUUGAGUGCAAAAUGAUUAUUUAGUGUUUGUCUAGAUAAAAAUAUCGCGUGACCCCUGUUGUGACGUGACAUGACAUGCAUAUCUACAAAAAAUGAAAAUUGCGGGCAUUUCAUUCCUUUCGAUCAAAAUAUUUGUAGAAGUAAGCAAGAUAUGAAAAAACGUUAAAAGAGUAUUAUAUAUAGUCUUAAAAGUUCUUUCGAAUCAGAAAAUAAAAAAAUACAUUGCCAUUUCCCUCUAAGAUGAAAGAUGUAUCGUAUACUGUAAAGAAGAGUAAGAUACUGUACAUGUUUUAAGCGAAUCUCAUUGAUAUUUGAGCCUUUGGCUUUGAGGAUGAACUAAAACUUUUCCCCAUGUAGUAUUACAGUAUAUGUACAAUACAUAUUGUAUACAUAGUGGUACAAUGGCUGAUCAACAUAAUGAAAAGUAGUAUGCAACAAUAUAGUCUUAAUUAUAGUGUCAAUUUAAUUUAUUUCUAUAGUGAUUUCAUAAUCUUACCUGGUUAUAUUGAUUUUACGCCAGAUAAAGUGGUAGGUAUUAAUGGAAUAAUUGUAUUAAUUUGUAGAAGGUGCGUCAGUUCUGAGUCAAUAGUGAUGGACCGAUAUCAAUACUAAAUAUUCGAUACCAGCGUUUGAAAGAAAAGUAUCGAUAAUGUCGAAAAAAUAUCGAUUGUUUCGAUACUGCUGAGCCUGUGAUCUUUUUACUUUUUUGCCAGCAGACACUACAAAAACGGUGUUGAAAGAUGUGCGAAUGCUUCUACAUUUCCAAAGUUUCGCCGCUUCAAUCUCAUCAACUUUGGUUUUAGUUAUUAAUAUUGCCUUUUGUUGUUUUCGCUUUUUGUUAUAUCCGUUUUUGAAGCAUUUGGAACAUGGCUUGCUCGCCUCUAAAACCGAGUUGAAUGUAGGCUUUCUAUUCUCUCAUUGUUUCCAUUUGUAUAGGACUUAACGUCAUCUCUAACAAAGAAAAUAACAUUAAAAACCCCUUUGAUUAGCUCGCCUAUGGACACUGUAACUGGUAAGAUUUCUUUUAAUCUUUACUGCUUGCGUAUCAAAUUCAUAUUACAAUUACAGUAUGUACAUUAUUGUAGUGAUGAAUCUAUAGCCAUGGCAAAAUAGGUUACAAUACAUUGUGACAAUGCAUUUCUAAAGGUCUGAUUAAUGCAAAUCAUUAAAAAUUCGCACAGCAUGACGUUUUGCUAUAGCUUCACCACUGCAUUAUUGCCAUUAAUGAUUUUGCGUUGUAUUGACAUACUGUUUUAUGUGCUUUUUCUAUAACUGCUACAGUAUGUAUGUUGAUAAUGGCAAUGUAAAAAUUUUGUAAAGUCAACGAAUACUACUGUGCAGUGUAUUCACCAUGCAAAUUGUAGAGAAAGUGGUUGUGUACUUUUGAAUACGAAGCUGUUGUUCAGAGUUGAAGAUUCACAAAACGUUUAAUAGAAAGAAUAUAUUUUAGUUAGACAAUUUAUUCAGCAGGUUAAUAUAGGGUUUUAGUAUUUUUGCACAAGUGAACAUAACAAAUCCUACACGUUGAUUGGUCAAAUAUGACUUAUAAAUAAGCUGUUAUGUUCACCUACAGGUGAAUAUAACAAAACAGAAAUUUUCAAAAUUGCGGCUACCCGUUUUGUGGAAGUUUACUGACAAAGAAAUAAGCGAAAUUAAAAUAAAUUAAGUCUCAAAAAACACAAAAGCUUGUGUAAAAAUACUAAAACAAUUAUUCUCCUCAGGCUCGGUGAUUAUCCGGGAAUAUUCAACUCGACUUCGUCUCGGCGAAUAUUCCCCGAUAAUCACCGAGCCUUCGGCGAAUAAUUGUUAAAUAUUACAGUAUGUCGAUACCUGUUCGUCCACGAAGGACUCGACAGUGCAUGUGCAAAAUCGUUUUACCGUGCAAGAGACAUGGCCACCGAGACGUAUCGGUCCACGAGCGACCUGGAGCAAAACGUUCCUAUGACCUCAUAAUUGUUAAACGGGAGAAACGGCGUUUUACAAUAUAUUACUUUUUGCAUAUAUCAUCCGGCACUAACGCAGCUUUUACAGGAUUUAUAUUCAGGAUUUAUAUUCUCAGUUAAGCAAUCUUGUAUCAAGAAAUCUCGUUGUUUUAGGGGCCCUUUUUGAGCUGGGAUCCCGGGGCAAAGUGUCCUUUCCCUCCUGGCCCCCCUCUUGGCGGGCCUGAUAGGCGUGCAACAAAACAAUGAGAGAAUGGCUGAUGAAAUAUUAUGGAACAUUCCGAUCACUGAGACGUGUUAUUGGAUGGCACUCACGCUAUGCUAUGCUAAGUUUCUUGGAAAUGGACACUAAAUUGACAUGUUAUCCUAAACCACAUUAGAAAUACGACAUUGAGUUUUCUCUUUCAUUAAUUUUAGAGUCAAAAAUGGCCAUUGCUAUGGCAGUAAGUACAUUAUAUUAUAUACUGUAUCUUCAGAUUUUCUUGUAUCUUUAAUAUUUAUCCUUUCAAAUACCUGUAAUAUAUUUAUUUUAUUUACGCGGUGUGCUUUUAAGUAAACAUUUCCAAAAAUUUGUUUUCUCACAAAAGACGGAUUGUACAUUGAUUUUCCUUAUGUACAAGAACUUUCAUAUCGUUCUUACAGUAGUUCAACAAGAGUUUCAUAUCGUUCUUACAGUAGUUCGUGAAAUAUGUGGACCGAAAACAGCGUAAAUUCAGUGAUGUAGCCAGGAUUUCUAGUCAAGAGAAGGGGAGCCGAUACUGUCUUUUACCCUGCGCUAUUUCGAACGAAGUUUGUUUAUUAUGUGAAAAUGUAUUUGGACUCCCACGUUAUCCAUGCAUAGGAUGGUACAAUGAACGUUUAGGGGGGUCCGAGGGCAGCUCCCCGGGAAAAUUUUUAAAUUCUAGAGUCGGUAAAGUGCCAUUUUGGGGGCUAUUUUAUUGUGAUUUAUUUUUAAUAACCAUUUAACACCUAACAAUUCUAACCAGAACAUUUUAAACAUAGCAAGAUAGAAAAUUUCCAUUACAAGAAAUGAAAAUAUAAUGCACAUGCAUGCUUGUACUGGGCAGAAUUUUUCCAAGGGGGACCCAAUAUUUUGCCAGGGGUAGCCGGGUCCCCCUCUGGCUACGUCACUGCGUAAACUAGUGGGCUGUCCGCCAUCUUCGAUUAGUGUUGGUACCCCAGUGAGCCCCAUAAACCAUACAUGUACAUAUCUGGAGCGAGAACUCGAGUCCAAAAAGUGAAGCCAGCUUCGUGUUAACCGCGCAGACAAAAACGAUAGAAAGGGACUGGAACUGACGUCCUCUAGCUCCUUCAAUUUCCGCCAUCUUGGCAAGGAGUGUGCCGAAAUUUUGUAUUUUGACACCGAUUUAAAGAAUAACAAUGCUAACCGUGCUUUUGACGUCACUUGUUAUUGUUAAUGAAGUAAAAGUUAAUCGAGGAUGGCGGACAGUUAUUUUUUCAGUGAAAAUGUUUUAAAAUUUAUAAGCAAGGUGUGAAGAAAUAUUUAUCUGCCAGGGAAUAUAGGGGCUAUAUAAUAAUAAGCGAGUGAGGGCUGUACGUGAAAAUAUCAAACCGAAGGUCUUGCUGUAUAUUGACCGAACGAUAGCGAGGCAUGGCCGAGUUUUGAUAUUUUCUAAUAUAUGGCAUUGUACGUUUGUAAAAAAUGAAAAACAUGUCAUGUAUGGUCACACGAGGGAAAAUUACAAAUUCCGAAACAUUUGCAAAAUAUCAACUGUACAAAUUUAUCUCUUGGUUAAUGGUUAGUGACACUGGUCUACAGCACCUUUUGUAGAAUAUUAACAGAGUUUUGAAUAGUAUUUCAAGGAAAUGACGAAGUAUACUUAGUCAUUAUGAAAACAAAAUAUAUAAAUAAACAAACAGUACCGGCAAGUAUGGUUUUAGUUCGCUUCAUUUCAUCUUCUUUAUCAACAGAAACAGAGUUUUCGAAAAACUGUAUCAAACUGUUUUAAUUGUAUUUUUGUUUCCGAUGGUGUCAAAUUCUUUUGGGCCAUCUGCCGCUCUUCGCAUGUUCAAAACAAAAUAUCCUUGACUGCAUGCUUUAAUAUAAUUAAAAACAUUGUAAAAUGUUCCUUAUAUUUUCGACUUACGCCAACAAAUCCUUAUAUUGUCUGUGUUAAGAAAGUUCUUUAAUAUAGCCGCGGCAGUUACCCCUUUCCGUAUUUAGGUCUAUUUUUCUUCGUUUUGAAUAUUUUCAAAGACUUUUAGACAUUUUUUUGUUUGAAACUCGGCUCUCGUCGCAGCUUCAUAGAGCAAUAAAACAAGUACAGUAUACUUGCCAUAUAAUAAAAUCCUAUAUAUACACACUUGUCACACCUAUAUUUAAUUAUAUGACUGUCUUUACGAGCACGACCAUUCAAAAUUACCGACACGUUUUACCUUCGCUCUUGUAGUUACAGGGUGGUAUUGGUAUCGUUCAUCAUAAUUGUUCAAUUGAGAGCCAAGCAAACGAAGUUCGUAAAGUCAAACGUUUUGAACAAGGUUUUAUAAUCGAUCCUGUAGCAGUCGGUCCGGAUGCUCUUGUCAAAGAUAUUUUUGAUAUUAAAGACAGACAAGGAUUUUCAGGAAUACCUGUUACCGGUAAGUUAAGGGAAAAUUUAGUACUUUUUAUUCUCUUUUUUGUAAAAUAGCAAACAGUUUGGAUGAGGCGGAACAUGGUGCACGAUCGAGCUCAAGUUUAUCCGAAGGUUGAGGCGCGGUAAUAUUGAAAUAAGUCUGGAUACUUCAUGAUAUACAUAACUACUUGUAUACGCGUGUAAAAAUUAUGAGCCCGCUUUUUAACAAGGUUGAACAAUGUUGUGCUGCCCACGUUGUUCACUCUUGUCAACAAUGUUGAACAAUAUUGUUGAGCCUGAAUCGGGUGUAACAAUGUUGUUCAAUAUUGUUGGCAACUGUGAACAAUGUGAGCCGCACAAUAUUGUUCAACCCUGUUUACAACAAUAUUGCAACAACCUGAUCGUUUUUAGCCGUGCAGAAGCUUUUCUGCCAUCUUAAUGCCAACAUGAUAUAUUAAGCCAGUCUCUACCAACAUGAUAUAUUAAGCCAGCCAGUGUCAUAAUUUGCCCUUGCUUGAAAGUGCUGUCUUUUUUGGUUGUCCCAAGUGUGACUUUCCAUUGCGGCAUCGUGGGCUCAGGAUUGCGCAAUUUAGCUAAAACAUGCUCACGACGAUUAUUAGGACCAAUUCUACACAAUGUUAAUCAGAACGACUUUCGUAUUUAAAUACGUUUCAAAUCUUAGACGCUGUAAUUGUGGGACAUAUUUUAUUAUAUUUCAUUGCGCAUGCGCUUGAACUUUUCUGUGUUUUUCGAUAUGAUAUCGCUGAACUCUAUUGGUUUUGUAUGGUUUUAUUGUGCCGUCCUCUGAGUGUUUGUGAUCAUGAAGUGACGGCCGCCAAGAAGUGAAGAACAUCUACAUGUUUCAAAUUAUUUUUUAGAGUAUUGCGAUGGCAUUUUACCAACCGCGAGGCCAGUGUGAACGCCUGAGCAGGCGUCUUGUUUAGCUUAUAUAGCCAUCAGCUAAUAGGGAAAAUAAAUAAAAUUAAUAUAUCGACACCACUUACUGUUGCCACGUUGCAAUUGUCUGUGUCAAUUAUAUUUCGCUUGCAUGAACUGAUCUUACAGUACACUAUAUAUAGAUGAGGUCAUGAGGGUCAGGUAUGUGUUCCAUUUUGUGUGUAUCACAAAUUGCUUGCCCGAUACAGUAAGCUAACUAAUCAGGGUUUCUUCUAAAAUUUUUAUACUGUAAAAGUGGUUGCCAAAUUGCGCUCGACUCGUAAAAGAAACACAACUCAAUAAUGCAUGCAAGAAAAUGAAUUUAUUACUCGUGUUAUUAUUAGCAUGACAAAAUUACUGGAUGCUGAUUGGUUGAGAGGAGUACAAUUAUUUCAUUAAUUGUACUGCAGUACAAUUAAUGAUUUUCCCAAAACAAACAAAAUGGCGGAAAGGUAUUUUAAACACAAAUGUGAAAUGAAAUUGCAGUGGAGGAACUAGAUGAAAAUACGAACAAAAGUACAAAAUUUUGCUUGAACAAAAGAACUAAAUGAAAAUACAAACAAAAGCACCAUAUUUUAGUUGAAAGUCUGGCUGGACUGGGCUUUGGCGAGAGAAUAUGAUGUUAACAUUGAGAAGUACGUAUCUAAUUUUGUCAUGCUAACAAUAAACAAGUAAUCAUGCGAUGUUGCUCGUACAAUUAGGGAUUAAUAGUACUCGUGAUGUUUGGAAAUUUGCCAAAUUGGACUCGCCCUGGCGGCUCGUCCAAUUUUGGCAAAAUUUCCAAACAUCACUCGUACUAUUAAUCCCUAAUUGUACGAGCAACAUCGCAUGAUUACCUGUACUAAUUGCUCUCAUACUUACAUACAGUAUAAAUUCAGAAAAAGUACUAAACUAUAGUAACCUUGGCUCGGAAUAGGUAUGCAUGCAUGUAUGAGAAAAUGGUGACAACGAAAACGUUGACAGAUAAUAUUUUUGCUCCAAAUGUGAAUAAGAAAUGAUUAUUUCCGGGCAAAGUGCCACAUGGCAUGUUUUGCUUAUCAUUAUCAUCCUACUUCAGUUAGAUGUUGUGUUAUUUAGAGAGUGGUACCAUGGGGAGUGUUUUACUUGGUAUUGUUACACACCGUGAUGUAGACUUCCUGAACACAGACAGCCUUUCGAUGCGGGUCACAGAGGUGAGUUACCAUAGCUCGACAAGUGGAGAACAUCCUCCUAGUCGGCUUUUUCUUGAACAUUCGCACGCUAUUUCACAUGGUAUUUCAUAUGUGAAAUUUUGUUUGGAAUUUGAACAUUUCAUACGUGAAAAAAUGCCAUUUCGUAUUUGCAUGAAAUUGCAGUUUUCACGGGGAAUUAGGUGACAUUUCUGUGGCCGGUUGUACGAAAGCCGGAUAGCAUGCACUUCCACCGGAUAGUGACUCUUUAAAUUAUUUGUUUGUAAUAAAGCCCGAAAGGCUGAGAGACCAUGCACGGAUGGAGAACCCACAAUAAAUAUAAAGAGACUUUUAAAUACUAAACUUCAAUGGGUUAUGGUAUACCAAUCGACGACCUAUUUUAGAAAGUUUCAAAAAAUUUUCGACUGUGACACAGAUAUACGCGAUAGAAAAAAACAGUUCAGCAGUUCAAGACAAUCGUCGUCAUGUAAUCAUUUGUAUAUAUCCCGAAAGUUUUAGCUGCAGAUAGAGAUGUCUGGAAAGAUUUAUUUUAGGCGAGCUAACUAUAUCGACAAAUUGGCAGGUAAUGACUCCAAAAGAAAAAUUGAUCGUUGCCAAAGCUGGUUGUACGUUAAAAGAAGCAAACAAAAUUCUUCAAGAAAGCAAGAAAGGUAAAUGUACUAUUCUUCUUUGUAUUCUUCUACAGUACAUGUAUUUUAUGUAAUGAGCCGUCGAUCCGUAUUGGCUUUAGUUUACAUCAGUACGAAGAUUUUUAAAGCAAUUAUUGAUUGAGGUUGAGCACGAUAUGAAGAAUUAUCAAGCCCGACGUUUGUGUUAUCAACCCGAAGCCACAGGCUGAGGUUGAUAACACAAACUGAGGCCUUGAUAAUUUUUCAUAACAUGCGAAAACCGAUUUCAAUAAUUGUCUUAUCAAAAGAUAAAAAGAUAUUUGCAAAAGAAAAUCUUUCCUUUUUCUUUCUGGUUUCAAAGCCCUAAGCCCUUCGUGGCUUUUUUCAAUUCUUUUAUAUAUUUUAAAUUUUCCAUCCCACGACCGAAUGCGGCGCCAUAUUGUUUUGCUCGUGUUUGCACAUUUCGUAUUUCCAUAGCAUGACGUAUUUUUUCAUAUCAGCAUUGUGACGCACUCCGUUUGGUAUUAAUGUCAAAACUCCACAUCUGGUCAGCUAUUGAGUUGAUAUGACAAUUUCACAAUUGGUUAUUAGCCGGGCAGAAAUCAUGAAUUCUUUUAAUUAAAUAGUCGUGCUUAUCGACUACUUAGAGCUACUGUAGUUUCUUUUAAUUGAGAAAAUGGAACGAAAUGAGAGCCUGGGGCAAAGUCUACGAAUUAAGGCGGCCACUUUUUAAUAGACGAUCAUGAGCGACUUGAAAAAAUGUUUUGAACAGCAAAUCGCUUCUUUGUGAUAUUUCCUGAAUACUUCAAAAGUUGUCAGCUGCUACGUAUUUACUUUAUUUAUUUAUUUAUUGCAUACGUUUCGAUACUGUCUUGUCAAGGGACGCCGGUAUAUUAGAAUAUAUGAAAAUCGAUUCCAAGCACCAUGUUUUUUAACCACGACCACGGAGACAUGUUGCCACUCCCAAGGUAUUUUAUGUGACGGCCAGCUUUGACCCCCUGGCUUAAAAGUGUGAUUCGCAAUACGUGACGUACUGACAAUAGUGUACUUUCAGUAAUUUUUUUAACUUUGUUUUAGGAAAACUGCCAAUUGUAAACGACAAAAAUGAACUAGUUUCUUUAAUUGCAAGAUCUGAUCUGAAGAAAAACCGCGAGUAUCCUCUCGCUUCCAAAGACAAUACCAAACAACUUCUGGGUAUCAUGAUUUUAAUAUUUUUUAUUUUCGGGUGUAGAAAAGUAUGUUCCGUGUAUAAUCCAGUAAUCACUGGCUGCGGCGGACAUUUCGCAAAUAUACCAGGGGUAUAGGAAUUUGGGUUGUCAACACUUCCAUGCCCAUGUGAUUUUGUACUGCAUAUUUAGGUCUUCAAACUUUAGGAUUAUUAGCCUUUCAUAGAUGGAAAAUACGCGAGUUAAACAUUGAAAGUGUUGCCAGCUGUACCCUUACCCACUUGCUACGGGCUUUCUUCUUGCACAGCAAUCAUGCCAUAGACCUGGUCCUAUAUUCGGAAGAAUGGUAAACAAUCCCGACCAGUGCAAUGCAAAUGCGACUCAAGUACAGAAAUCAUGGAAAAUGCACCAGAAUUCAUGCUGCGAGCAGGCUACGUUGCUCCAAUCUGCACAUUAUUUAAGGAGAAAAGCCGCUGACCAGUCUUUGACUAAAAUCAAUCACAUUUGAAUUUGUGAAAUAUUAAAAAAAUGACAACCAUAUUCAACAGCGUCUGAGGCUUAACCCAGAAGUUCCAUUUUUUUAAACUGUGUGAAUCUCGCUGCACACGAGAACAGUGGGAAUGAUAAUUUGUAGCCUCCGAGCAAGCUCGCUGAGGCUAAAAACAAAAUUAACACGAAAGCCAUACGACUUUGAAUAAUUUUUUUUCCCAAAUCAAGACGCAAAAUUUUUAUUGGUCAGGAUUUAUAUUGGCAGUUCGUUACGUUGCUAUUGAUAGAAUAUAGCACAUCAGGUUUUUUGCGCGACGUGCGAAUUGAAACUUAUCCACAUUUUUACAUGUAAUAUGUCUUUGAAAUUCAGUGCAUGCUACACAACAUGACAUGCAAUAGCCUACACGUACAUAUUUGCACGUCAAACAAUAUUUCACAGUGAAAUGGUUUACCUGAUAUAAUCGACGCUCGGAGGGAAAACUUAUACAUAUUACCACAUGUUACAUAUUUUUGGAAUAGUCACAUAAUAAUGGUGAAAAACGUGCAUGAACGAAUCGACGUUUGGAUACUUGGUUUCAUAUUACCAGUAACAUAACAAUUUAAAAUUUACGCCUUAUUUUAAGUUCAUAUCUUGGGUUUUCAAGAUGUUUUCAUUUUUCCGAAUUUGUUUUAUAUUUUCUUUUCUUAAUUUGUGGCUGGUUCUCGCUUUUGAAUAAUUUUAUUGCCUGUAAGAUUUUAUUUUUAGGGACCAUAUUCCCCCUCGUCGGGGAAUUUCUCAUGGCGCCACCACAUCAAAAUAAGAUGAAAAAUAUAAUAAUAAUAAUAUUAUUAUUAGUUUGGAAUUUCAGUUGACGGGCGGGUAUAACAAAAAACGGCUAUUUUAACGUAAUGAUCGAGUUUAGAGACAUACAAUUAAAGACUCAAAAGAUGAAUUAUACCAAUCAGUUUUUAUUGUACAACCAUUCUGAUAUAGGAGAAAAAGCGUUGUUUGAUUGCCCGUCAUUUGGAUGAAAAGUCACGUGAUUGCAAACAAAGAAUUGGCCAACACUGGACGUAGGCUCGCGUUUUGGCAUCAUGUGCAUGUUGAUAUUUUGCUGCAAAACUUGUUGUUGCAAAGCUUUAUUGUUGCAAAACUGCAAAGCUUUAUUGUUGCAAAACGGCAAUAUAUAGUCGAAAGAUUAGUAGUUUGAAUGAAUUUUCGAAAUAUAUACUGUAGGUAAUGUUAUUUUGUGAGCUUUGAUUUAAUGACUAGUGUAAAAUGUAAUCUGAAACACUUCGUAAAAUGUUUUGAAAUGCUAAUUCUCAACUUAACUGCUUUUGCCCAAAUUGUUGAGUAAUUUCAGUUCGGUCUUCAAAUUAAUUUGCUCCUUUACAUUUUAAAGGUUUUUUUCUUAAUAAAUUAAGCAGGGUGAUUUAGAAAACAUACAGCUUCAUUCAGAUGGAAAGCAGUGCAAGUUGUAGACAAAACAUUGAAGCAACAAAAUUCAUAAGCAUUCAACAUUCAACAUUCAACAUUCAACAUUCAACAUUCAACAUUCAACAAACUUACCGUAUUCCUCUUAUUUUUUCUUCUCAUUUCUGCAAACAAAACUUGAUUCCACUCCUGGGAUCAAACAGCCAUAGCUUAUCCCACUCCUGGGAUCAAACAGCCAUAGUUUUGAGAUCAGUGUGGAGGUCCACCAAUGAAACCUGGGGUCGUAGCCAGGCGCCCGCGAUCAUUGAUGAACUGCGCUAAUGCUUUCCUUUUUCCGGGUGUAAAUAGCCGAGCGGAAUUUUUGUUUCGCACGACAUGUGCUACUUUUUUUCUUAGAGAUUCCGGUACAUUUCCGUUUUCACUGAUGUAAUAUUCUACCUGUACCUUUUAGUUGGCGCGGCCGUAAGUACAAGAGAAGAGGAUAAGGAGAGAAUAAAAGCUUUGGUUGAGGCUGGCGUUGAUGUCGUAAUAUUGGAUUCUUCUCAAGGAAACUCGAUCUUUCAAAUUGACAUGAUCAAGUAUGUGCUAUAAACUUUUGCACUGUAUUAUAAGAAAAAAUACGUUUCUCCGUAUUUGAAUAAGCUAAAUUAUCAAACACGAUCUAUUUUAUGUUUUUGUUAUCUAAAAUUUGUUAUGGAUAUCCGUGCAAAGAAUAAUAUUAAAACAUAGCAAAUGCUCUCAUUACUUUUAAGAUUUCACAUGCAGGGUAGCCAUGCAUAAUUUCAGUUUUAAUAAUAUACAUAUUACCAAACAGCAGUGCAAUUUUCUGUAAUCACAGUGCAAUUUUCUGUAAUCACAGUGCAAAAAUCUGUAACAAACUGAUCUGAUUGGUGGAAAAACAUUGUGAUGAUAAAAUCAACCAAUCAGUUUAAAGCAGUUUAGUUUAAUAAGGAAGUAACGGUCACAGAAUCCACUCACAGAUUGCUUCAAAACAAAACAAACAUGGCGCCGCGCCAUUCAACGAAGUCAACUUUUACUUUAAAAUGUAUAUUAAAGUAAAAGUUGACUUCGGUUGGAAAAUAUGGCUUUUAUCUCUUUCUUUUUUUUAAAUGGAAAAGCCUUUACCUUAAACAAGACUAACAAAACUUAUAUAGUUGAGCGGAAUUUUCAAGCUGUUAGCGUUGUAUAAUGUGAUAUAACAAAGCCAGGAAAACGUUGCCAGUCGAAUGUUCGUUAUAAACGUUAAGUUAAAACUACAAUUGCCUCGAACAUUUUUACGUAAAUUAUUGAUAAGCAAUAGCAUGGUUUCUCGUGAAAUUUGGAUAAACAUGCACUCGUGAAAUUUGGAUAAGGCGUAAAAAAAAUACCUGUGGUUCCGGUUUCAUAUCGCGAAAAAAUUAGGGUCGGUAGGUCGGAAAUAAACUUUUUUUGAAUAUUUUUUUCAUGGUUUUUUCAAUAAUUAGCGUGACAACAGACACCAUUUUGGCACUAGCCCGCAACCACUCGGAGAAAAUAGGGUCGCACGGUCAAUCGCGUUGAAAAAAUAAUAGGGUCGGCAGAAAAAAAUAGGGUCGGUCGGGAACCGGAACCACAGGUAUUUUUUUUUUCGCCUAAACAUGCACUCUCGUCCUUCGGACUCGUGCUAUUUUGAGGUCUUUGAAAAACUCAUUCGUGCAUGUUAUAUCCAAAUUGCACUCGAAACCAUGCUAUUACCUAUACAUAUACCUAUACAAAGCAAACUAAACGGUGAGAUUACAACAAUUAUUGACUUCACUGUUACAAGUUUUUCAGCUUCUUACGAAGCUUAUUCAAAAUCUUAUUUGUUUCCAAUCAUUUCCGAGAAUGUUUGCGUAUAUCCGUGAUGUUUGCUCAAUUUCCUUGAGUUGUCCCGUAUCUACUUAUAAACAGGCGUUGAUAAAUUUGUUGAUCAUGAUAAUAAUAGACAGACUAUUGAAAUUAUGUUUCUAAAGAACGAAUCAUAAAUACUGAUCACUUUUGUUUCUAACUAAUCAGAAUAUUACAAUUUCAAUUAAAAAUACAAUAGCUGCAAAAAUCGUUGAGUGUUGCGAGUUCUGUGUGCAGUCCUAAUUGUAAUUGCUCCCACAUUAGGUACAUCAAAGAACACUUUCCCAGUCUACAGAUUGUUGGCGGAAACGUGGUGACAGUCGCUCAAGCGAAAAACUUGAUCGACGCUGGAGUCGAUGGUUUGCGAGUUGGUAUGGGUAGUGGAUCAAUAUGCAUUACACAAGAAGUUAUGGCAGUUGGAAGGUCACAAGGAACUUCUGUCUACAAAGUUGCAAAUUAUGCAAAGGAGUUUGGUGUUCCUGUUAUUGCGGAUGGAGGGAUAUCGUCCGUGGGAUUCAUCACAAAGGCUCUGUCACUGGGGGCAUCAACGGGUAGGUACACUAGCUGUUUAUGACUUACAGUAAUUACGCAUGACGUCACACAACAUGAAGUUAACUAUGGUUGAACGAUGCAUGGCGGUAAAUUUGCCAACAUCGAUCGUUAAGGGGUAAUAACCAUACGAUGUAUAUUAUAACAAUACCCUUCGAAUUCGACUGAUAUAAUUUACCCUGACCUUGCUAAUUCCCGAUAAUUAUCAUGCACAAGCGCUUAUAUCUGGGCGGUGUCUUUGGGAAAAUGGCCUUUUUCUGUUUCAGUUUUAGUCGUUUUAAUUUCGUCGUCGAAAGUGGCAUUUCCGCAGUAACCCAAAUCCAUGCAAACGCACUAAAUGCUUCCUCGCAUACAAUUUCGUUAAAUUUUCACCGAGUUGUAACGGUUUUAUGGAUUUCACGUUGCGUCGUACUCUGCACUUCAUCGCGUGUUAAGUUAAUGUGUUUUUGUUGGUGCAACGGCACCGAUACUCCGAAAUUUGGGUCUCCGAGUUGCUUUGAGUCUUUAGCAAGUUGCACACUUUUAAAUAUGAACAAUGUACAAGGUAAAGUUCGUUUCAUUAAGUUGCAAAAUUCCAAAAUUGACAGUAUAUAUGUUAUAUAUGACUCAUACAGUAUAAUCCCGGGGCGAGGGUACUAAUUCCCCUCGGCUAUUUACACCCAUGCAAAGGAAAUGAAAGCAUUAGGGAAGCCUAAAGUUCAUCAAUAAUCGCGGGUGCAUGGCUUGGCUUUAUGCAGGGCCGCCGAGAGAAUUCACGGGGCCCGUGGGUAAAUCUUCUGUGGGGGCCCCAUGACAUCAUUAUUUUUAAGCUAGACCGAAGUCAGUCACCCAACUAGACCUUAGCUAGAGUGACUGAAUGUGGAGCUACUGUAAGGGGCCCUUAAUUUCAAAAAUGCUCUGCCCAAUUUAAAGCCUGAACCUACUAAAUUUUAGGCUCUCGCUCUCAAGUUGGGGCCCUAUUAAGGUGGCGGCCCGGGGCAAUUUGCCCCCCCCCCCCGCCUCUCGGCGGCCCUGGCUUCAUGGUGUCAUGGGUGGACCUCCUACUGAUCUCAAAAGUAUGGCAAAUGUAUUGAACCAUUGAGGGAUUUUUGUAGAUGAAAAUUUCGAACGGAAGAUUAUAUACAAUUUUAGACCUAACCAGGAGCAGUUGUGAAAAAUGAUAGACCCUCUGGCAGGAAUCGAACCUUCGGGCCUGCGAUUCCAGGGCAGCGCUCUAACAAACUGAACUACAGAGUCGAGUUGUCGAUCUAGAAGUUCUUGUAUGUAUAUAGAUUCCUGCCAGGGGGCCUGUUGUUGCAUUUUUCGCAAUUGCUUCUGGUUAGGUUUAAAAUUGUACAUUCCGCUCGAAAUUUCCACCUUCAGAAUUCCCUCAACUUUAAUUUAUCCCGACGCAGAACGCGUCAUUUGGUCGCGCAGAAUAGGUGGGCAAUUUGUCUGAGCAUGCGCGAAGAAAAUCAAUAUGGCGACAUAUAUUAGGAGUGUUUCGUGAAUUUAUCUGGUUUUAAAGCUGAUAAAACAACAUUUUAAUGAACGAAAACUUUGUAAUAUUUAGUGGAAAACAUUAAGCUAUGCAUUAAUUCCAAAGGUUUUCCAAAUAAGUGCUUUUGCUUUAUUUUAUUGCUUUGAAAACAGGCAAGCCCAUUUUUUUGCAAAAAUGUAAUCUAAUAUUUUACCCAACAUUUGUUUAAUCUGAACAGAAAUAGAUAGAACACUUGGCUAUAUAAGUAUUGUUAGCUGAUCUGAAAGAUUUCAGUAUUCCUGGUACACAUUUUAACAAAGAAUGAAAUGUAAUUUCAAAAAUUAAAUAUGCAUAUCAAAAACAAUAGUUUUUAUUAGAACAACAUAUAAUAAGUUGUUAUUUUCUAUUUUUACAAAAAACAAGUUUGGAAACAGGAUUUAGUCCUCCAGCUUCAUGUCAUAUUCCAUUUAUUUGGAUAUUUCAAUAAAGGAAUGUGAAAUAAUAAUUUAAUCUUGUGCAAAAUUUGAUACCAACACACAUGUGAACAGAUACUAUCACCUAAAAAUAAGAGAACUGAACAGAACUUAAAUUUAUCAUAUAAAAUAAUAUAUAAAAAUAACAGAAAUAUAUAUAUAUAAAUAACAGAACUUAAAUUUAUCAUCUAAUGCUAGGAAAAAAAACUUAUAGAUACUACAGGCAUAUAGUGAACACAAUUCUUUAUUCUGUGAUUUACAUAACACUAGUUAUAAUUUAAGGGUCAACCAGUAUUGUUUAAGACAUAUUUUCCUCCCAGAACACCUUUUCAAAAUACUAACCCACACAUGUCAAAAAUAGUGUAUAUUUAUUUAUUAAAGGGCAAUUUCAACCCUUUGGCACAUUUUUCCUAUGAAUGAUUUUAAUUCUAAUCAAAAGACUAUAGAUAAAACUUUGAUUUAAAGCUAGUUUCAAGUGAUGAGCAUACCCUAAAAGAAGAUGGGUCAUUUCAACAUAAACAUUGAAAUAUGGUUAUAUUGACAGCUCUGUCACACAUGUCGUUUGGCAUUAGCAGACCUUCUGAACCAUUUUAAUGAAAGUAUAGUUCACAAAGUUCACAUUUUCACUUCUUAACAUCUGUUUUAAUCCAACUAGUUCCGUAGGCACGAGCAAAAUUUAGUGUUGAUGUAAAUAUUCAAAUCCAGUCGUUUCCCCGGUGUGAAUGUAGUCCAUUCCAAAGCUGAUUUCGACGUACUUUAGCUUUUCUUUGGCCUUCCUCAGUAAGAUUAUCGACUGUUUCACAAACAUAUUUGAUAGUAAACAGCUAAAAUGUUCUCCGAAAGUCUAUAUUUUUGCUCUUCGACGCGAAAAUGGCAAUUCAGGAAGAAAUGAGCCGCUAUUUUUGUCAGCGUCGACAAAUUUCCCACCUGUUGUCACGCAGUGGAUUUGUACAUGCGUAUUUUUACAUGCGAAGACUGGAACCUAGGUAAUUUGGGGCAUCAACCUCGUAUCGUCAUUGGUCGAUUAAGCCGCAAAUCAACUGCCAGCUGCCGAUUAAUGGCCUAUGGAUCUAUAGAUCUAGGCUAGUAUUGCUCAUUAAACAAACCUUGAAUAAUCUUGUAUUUCUCCAUGGAGGCCGUAUAAAUCUUGUAUAUUAAUCUAUUAAACACUCUUCUGCACUGCCCGAAAUGAGCCCCUUUUUUGUUGUUGUUCUCUCCCAUCGGAAACAUGCAUACCAAGUCGAAAAACUCAUAUAGAUGUAGCAUAUUGCAGGCGAUUUAAGUUAUUAUCUUUGAUAUGUUAACUUUGUCUUUCUUGGAGAAAUAUAGCUGUACUUUAGUGAAUGAUAUAAUUUCAUCAUUCGUAAAUAAUUUAAGUCUUAUGCAUGCAUGUUUGAACAAUGUCAAUAAAAUAACGUAUAAUCUCGCGUAUAAAGCAUACAAUUCAUUAAAAAGAAUCCAAUAUAAAGCGCUAAAAUAAAGUUUACGUUCAAAGUAAUUCAAAGCUAAACGUAAAUACUUUAAAAUUCAGGUUGACAUAAGUUUAAUAAUUUGUCGACAUAUAUUUAAUAAUUUCGAAUGCUUUCAUAAUUUGGUAAUGGAUUUAAAUUACCUUCAAGAUUCGAUUUACUUCAUUACAUUUUAAACUUUAGUCGCACCAAUUUUAAAAUCCAUCUGGCGAGGUAUUUGUAUGACUUGAUAUAAACAUGUCAAUGCCAUUACAUAAAAGUCCUAAUCCAGCAUCAUUGUAGUAAUGUUACACCAGAAGUAUAUAACGGUAUAAAACAUGCAGACAGUGGCGUAACUGGCGGGUGUCCAGAGACGCCUGGGGGCCCCCGGCAAAAAUGACCAUAAAAUGUUUGCUAGUACAUUGGGCAAAUUGGCCCGAGCCGCAGUUAUAGAGGGUCAGAACAUUUGCAAUGGAUGGCCCGCAAAAGCAGGAAUUGGUGAAAUUUGGACCCCUUUUUAGUGUAAAGUUUCACUUUACACUAUUGUGAUGACUGGCGAAAAUUUAAACGAACAGCAGUCAGUCAUGCAGUCAGUCAUGCAGUCAGUCAGUCAUUCAUUCAGUGAGUCAUAGAGUAAACUUUCCGGAAUCCGGAGGGUGCAUACGAUUUAUGUUUGUAGUUUAUUGUACUUAAUCAGUGUUUUAAAGGUUAUUUAGGCAAUUUCAGUUGUCUUAUUUUAAUAUUCUUUUAUACUUUUGCCAAGUUCACAAAAAUUUCGAGGAACGUUUAGAACAUUCGCUUCUCAUGUUGUGUAAACGAUCUUUCCCCCGGAACACCCGAUUUUUCUUUAGCAGCGCAAAUGCGCAUGCGCUAUCAAGCCGUAGAUCAACGAUGGCGUGACGAUGCACGAAGGAGCGACACAGUGUUGUAGUUUCAAAUAUAUAAAUAUUGCAGACGUGAAUAUUAAGUAAAUCUUUGAGAAUCUAUACGCAAUAUAUAAAUUGAUGUUAUGCAUUAUGGGCAUUCAAUCAAGUAUACCGAUAUUAUUUAGACGGUAUAUUCAUUAUACAGUGCCGAUACAUAUUGGUUAGACCGUAUAUUCAUUAUACAUCGACUGUAUAAGGUGCUACACUGCUACACCACAGAGUAGAUGGCUACACUCAGUACAAAGAGCAAAAAAUUGCAUCAGUGUUUGUAUCAUUGUAUGGCAUUUACGAAGAAAAUAACCAACAAAAUAACUUGCGAGACUAAAGAAAAUCUCUUGACUCGUCAGAGCUCUUUAUUCAAACGAGAAAGACGAGGAGAUAGCCAUCGCGCGUGUUAUCACCAACCGGCAAGGAGCUAUCCAACGUGUACAGUCACGGGCCUUGUUCACAUGUCUGGCACAACGGUGCAAACUCGUGCUCAAUGCAAUGAGAACUCUACCAGAUCUUACGAGAAUCUAUUUGUAUCAAAGCUUUAUCAAAACUGCUAUAAACACUGCUAUAACUGUGAAACUAUUGACAUCUAAAGUGACAUUAAUAUUGAAUACUUGCGAAAAGCUGAAAAUGACUCAUGAAAAACAACUUGAUCUUGGGAAUAUAAAGUCAAAGGUCACUGAGACUUGUUAUUAGAGGUGUGCAUUGGAUCGGAUUGGACGUUUGUAAUCCGACAAUUGGCUAAUGUUAAAAUCCAAUCCGAUCCGAAAUUGUCUAAUCCGAUCCGAGUUUUGAUAAAGAAUUCCGAUCCGAAGAAUCCUUUAAUAAAAUAAAUUUCUCAUUCAAGUGGAAAUAUUUAACCAAAUAAAUAUAAAAGCAAGAAAUACAUAGUCUUCUAGUCUACUAAUCUUUUGUUUUUGUCGUGGAUAAUUAAUUCAUUUUAUUUCGAAUAUCGAAGUCCGAUCCGACUACGAAACAACUUUAUCAAUCCGAUCCAAUCCGAAAUGAAUAUUUUUGUUCCGAAAUCCGAACGAAUCCGAUCGGAUCGGAUUUGCAUACCUCUACUUGUUAUUGUAAAACAUGUCACAAUUCGGUUAAAAUGCGGAAGCGGAUGCGGAACUGAUAUGGGGGUAAAAUGCGGAACGGAUAUGGGGAUAAAAUGCGUCAUUUAAUGAGUUUUUCGCCUCAUUUUUACGUUUCUGUGUUUUUGAUUUAUGCAUAUUUUUUGUAAUGGAUGCAACGUCGUAUUAACUCGUUAUACAGCUAUUUCAAUUAAAGAGUGUCACUGAGACAAUAGUCAAAUGUGCAAUAUGGGCGCUGAUAGUUUUAAAUAAGUUUAGUAUAUCAGUAGCCUCAUUGGGAUACUUUCAGCGACAGCUCCCAAUGCAAAUGUAGUUUUAGAAUAUACAAAAUUUGGUUGUUGGUGAAACGAUUUAAAUUUCGAGUUGUCGCGUGUAGCAUCACAAUAAAUAAAUUGUAUCAGUUCCACGAGGCACGACGUUUCUGAUGUGUUAGCCGUUAGGCUUGUUUCAAACGUCGCGCUACUUAUACCGAACGCAUUAAAAACAAUAGAUAAUGAGAUGAAAUGCCUAUGCUAACUGUUUAUUUCGUAGUGUAAGCCAUCAGCUUUACAAAACAGAAAGUCGUCAUGCCCAAAUAAGAGCUCUUGCAAUUCAACAUUUAAUAAACGAGUUACGAAGGGAGUGACAAGGAAUUGUUUAUCUCUUGAAAACGUUGUUCUAAUCCUUGGAUCCCUUGUUUUAGUAGUUAUGGUUGGGGUGUUCCCCUUUUUGUUUUUUCUUUUUGUUUUACUUGCCACAGUGCGGAACAUUUUUUUGAACCCUCUUUUUUAAUGAAUAUGGUUCGAAAAAUUUGUUUUCUUCCCCCCGUAAAGAUUUGACGGGGGGGGGGGGCUCCGGAGAUUGCGUUACGCCACUGCAUGCAGAAUAUCUAAGCGAUACACUGUAAAUUUUAACCCAGUGCCGUUGAGUGGGGCAUUCUGCCCUGGGCUCCCAAGCUCAAAAUUGGCCUCCAGCUCAAAAUUAAAGGCCCUCGGUUUGGUAGAUACAAGAUUGCUUUAGCCAAGAAUAUAAAUCCUAGCUGCGUCAUUGCCAGAUAAUAUGGAAUAAAAAGUGCAAUACAGGGUGUAUAAAAAAAACUGAACAGAUAUGAAUUCGCUCUCAAUUUGGAAAAACAGCUGUUAGUAUCCAGUUUUUGAUGUAUAUAGCUUCUUUGGGUACUUAUUAUAAUGUAGAAUAAUGUGUCCUUUCCAACAAACUAAAAAUGGCUUGCGCACGAAACUUAAAAACUUUAAUCAUAUUUUGAGUUAAUAGAUGGAACAUUUGUUGGGUUUUUAAUUACUGUACAAAAUUUCAGACAAUUUGCUUUAGUUUAAGCCCCCUUUAACUAUUCAUUUUUUUCUAAAAAAUUAGCCUUUCGCAUGCUUAAUUAAUGCCUGGCUAAUUUGCAUAUUGCUGACUUACACAAAUUAGGCAAAGGCAUUAAUUAAGCAUGCAAAUAGCUGAAUUUUUAGGAAAACAUUUAAGUUUGCGUGAAUAGUUAAAGGGAUUAAACUAAAUCAAAUUGUCUGAAAUUUUGUACAGUAAUUAAAAACCCAACAAAUUUUCCAUCUAUUAACUCAAAAUUUGAUUAAAGCUUUUGAAAUUUCGUGCACAAGCCAUUUUUAGUUUGUUGGAAAAGACACACACCCCUGGUUCACAAAAUUUGAGUUCGAGAAAUUUUUUUCAUUAUUCUACAUUAUAAGUACCCAAAGUCGGCAAAGAAGCUAUAUACAUCAAUAACUGGAUACUAAUAGCUGUUUUUCGAAAUUGAGAGCAAAUUCAUAUCUGUUCAGUUUUAUUUUAUACACCCUGUAUAUUGUAAAACACCGCUUUUCGUGUUUUACAAUUAUGACAUCAUAGGGGCCCCUUGGGAAAUUGUGUCCCCGGCUCCGCGCAAACUUUCGGCAGCCCUGGAGACGACUAAUUUUCCUUUGCGUCGUGAUUGAUCACAUACUGCAAAAAGCUGACGAAAUUCGGUGACAAUAUUUAUACCAAAGAAAGAUAUAUUCAUGGAAUAGCCGUCGAUGAAUUUGCUAUAAGUUCUGGUAUUAAAAAUAUACAAAUCCAAAGCCGGUUGGAAUUUUGGAAGUCGCCGUGAUUUUAAAACAGCUUUUUUACACUAAACAAUUCAUAUUUUCUCGUUAUAUUUUGAUUUAUGGUUAGGGAUGUCAUACCAAAAAAGAACGAGUGUUAAUUUGUCAAUUAAGUUAUAAAAGUUAUGCCAUGAAAAUUCAGGGGAAUAAAGAUUACUGCUUCACCAACAUGCCAAUUAUGAAAUAAGUCAUGGGCGUAGGAAGCCGAGGCCGCCCCCGCAAUUUUCUAUAAAGGGGCAUGAAUAACAAACCUAAAGCGCAUCAAGUAUAUGUCCUAUUGCCGUUUCAUCGCUCUACCUAAUAGACGCCCUGGAGCUAGAUGAAAAAUAUAAUUUCCCUUUUAGCCGAAUGCACAACUAAAGUGAAGCAAAGUACAGCAAGGCGCCCUCUAGAAUCUACAGUGUAGAUUAUUCUGGAGUAUUUUAACACUCAUUUUAACCUAUAAGUGUUGUUCACGUGCUCGUUUCCGCCCCUUCCCCCGCCAGAAAUCAGAAUUUAAGUCUUAUACAAGGCUUCAAGAUUGUUGCCUUCUAGCUAGUUGCCUUCUUGCUUUGUUGUCAUGCAGCCAAUAAAAACAUGUGCGUGGUAUCUAUUACUACACGUUAGGAGAAUAUAGAGAUUGAUAUUUUGGAUAAAAUUGUUUACUGUCCUUAUAUGUUCUUGCAUUACAAAAGAAAUAUAAAAAUUAGUCUCAUGCUUUUGUGAAAUAUUAAUGCACUCGGGGAUGUUGGGAGAACUCGCAAGAAGCGUGAUCAUCUCUAAAAUAUAUACAACUAUGUUUUUUUAAAGAUUGUGUCCUUUUUUAUAUAGUAAUGAUGGGCUCACUUCUUGCUGGCACGUCAGAAGCACCGGGUGAAUACUAUUUUGCUGAUGGGGUUCGUUUAAAGAAAUAUAGAGGUAAAUGCAUGGUCACCCAAUGGCUGACUUUAACUUGAAAUAUAUAAUACUAUAGUCUAGAAUUGUAUUUACUCCGACCCUUCGUCGACUUAUCUUACGCAAGGACAUGACUGCCCUGCGCCCCAUUAAAUUUUACUGGACUUUUAAUGUAGGAAUGGGAUCACUAAAUGCUAUGGAUGUUAACAAAUCAAGUCAGGCAAGAUAUUUUAGGUAAAUUUGCAUCACAUUAUAAAUUCUAUAGUUUGUUUUAGUAUAUGAAGACUACUGUGAAUAGCCAAUCCAUGUGCCUGCAGGCAAUCCCCCAGGAAAGAAUUAAUGGGCCACUUGCCUUAUAGCGAUGCCCACUAUGCAUGACGGUAGGAGUCGUCACUUUGCAAUCGAACGACAUGAUUUUGUUUUGAAGAUGAAAUGGCGGAUUUUUAACCACUUUUUGCAUCCAUCGAUAAAUUUUAUCCACAGGACAACAACAAGAGAGCUCUGAACUGCAUGAAGAUGUAAUUUCAUGGCGUUACGUGUAUUAAUGGCGAAGAAAAUGCAUUGGCAAGGAGGUGACAUGUGAACACGUUUCGCAAAAUGUUUUUUACAAAAAAACUGAUCUCGCGAACAACAAAUUAAGAUCGGAAAUUUUUUUGUCAAAAUUAACUUUCACUGACAGUUGUUUGUACUGAAUGUCUAGGUUAAUUGGAUUCGAUAAGUUUUAGAAAUGCCAUUUUAAACUUUGUGAAUUUGACAACUUUGUCAUGAUUUACAUGUUGGAAGUUUUAAUCCAGAGACCAAGCGUCUCGUCCAUAAUUUAGCUUAAAUUUGCUCGAUCUGAUUAAGUUGACUAUUGCUAUAGCAAGAAUAUUUAAUAGUAAAUUUAUUUCAUGGUUGUUUUCUAAUUCUUUAUGAUCUAUUUUGCAGUAAAAUUUAAUAUUUUGUACCGUUUGUCUUUGAUACACUAUUUUGUUUUUUAACUCUUUUUACUAUUAAAAUCGCUUUUUAAUUUUAGAAAUUUUAUUAGUUUUAUCUUUUUGAACGUUUCUAGGCUUGUUUUAUUAAUUAAAUACAUAAACAUUUCACAUGCAAAAUAUUUUUUGUGCAGGUAUAUAUAGUAAUAUGGGUUGUUCUCAUGAGGCAAAAUUCCAUGCUAGGAACUGGAAAUACCUACUUGAAAAUUACAGCCUACUUUUGGCAAUUUGUACACUUCCAUUUACCUAAAUGUCUUUUGUGUACUGUAUAUUCUCCUAUGUCUGAAAUCUCUAUUAGUGUUU